AUGUUGUGACUCCCCAAGUGGGGGUUUCUGGUUCUGACUGCCACUGAGUUCCUUCUGGGAAUGCUGGGGAAUGGUUUCAUAGGGUUGGUCAAUGGCAGCAGCUGGUUCAAGAACAAGACAAUCUCUUUGUCCUACUUCAUCAUCACUAACCUGGCUCUCUGCAGGAUUGUUCUGCUGUGGCUCCUCUUGACUGAUGGUGUUUUAAUGGUGUUCUUUUCCACAUUCCACAAUGAAGGGAUAGUCAUGCAAAUUAUUGACAUUUUCUGGACAUUUACAAACCAUCUGACCAUUUGGCUUGCCACCUGUCUCGGUGUCUUCUACUGCCUGAAAGUCGCCAGUUUCUCCCAUCCUGUGUUCCUCUGGCUCAAGUGGAGGGUUUCCAGGGUGGUUGUGUGGAUGCUGUUGAGUGCCCUGCUCUUAUCAUGUAGCAGUACUGUCUCUCUGAUCUGUGAAUUUAACAUCUAUUCUGUUCUCAGUGGAAUUGAUGGAACAGGGAAUGUGACUGAACUCUUCAGAAAGAAAAGAAAUGAAUAUAAACUGACCCAUGUUCUUGAGACUCUGUGGGACCUCCCUCCCCUGAUUAUGUUUCUAGCCUCCUACUUUCUGCUCAUCCUCUCUCUGGGGAGGCAUGUGCGGCAGAUGCAGCAAAACUUUACCAACUCCGGAGACCCAAGUAAUGUGGCCCACAAGAGGGCCAUCAAAAUCAUCCUCUCCUUCCUCAUUCUCUUCCUACUUUACUUUCUUUCCUUUUCAAUUUUAACAUCCAGUUAUUUCCUACCAUCCACUAAGAUGACUAUGAUGAUUGGAGAAGUGAUUACAAUGUUAUAUCCUGCUGGCCACUCAUAUAUUCUCAUUCUGGGAAAUAACAAGCUGAAGCAGAUGUUUGUGGAGAUGCUUUGGUGUGAGCCUGGCCAUCUGAAGGCUGGAUCCAAGGGACCUGUUUUUCCAUAG